GCAGGCAUCGCGUCCACGUUCCGCCUCGGCCGGCUGUUCCGACAGCUGUACGGCGACUUCCUCGGGGACCUGUACUACCAGACCGACGUGAACGCCACGUCCACGGACAUCCCCCGCACCAAGCUCAGCCUGCAGGCCUUCAUGGCGGGUCUGUUCCCGGCCAAGGGCUCCGAGCAGUGGGACGCGCCGGGCAGCCUGGGCGCGUCCUGGCAGCCCUUCGUGUACCACUACAUGCCCAAGCACCUGGACGACUACUUGUACAUGAACGGCGUCGAGUGCCCGCGCUACGCCAAGGAGUUCGCCCAGGCGGAGCGCAGCGACAGGGUGCGCCAGAUCCUGGGCAGCGACCCGGCCAUGGUGGCCGAGCUCACGGAAAAGGCGGGCAUCGGCAACAGCCUGGCGCAGAUCUCCAGGUUCUACUGUACCAUCAGCAUCGAGACCGACGAGGGGCGUAUCGUCCCCAGCUGGGUGAAGCCCUUUUACCCCGAGCGCUUGGAGAAGGUGAGCCUGUGGCACUUCCACGUCCGCGUCCUCACCAGGGUCAUGCAGCGCCUCAAGGCGGGCCCGCUGGUCAAGCACCUGGUCGCCACCAUGAAGGAGACGAGAGACGGUGCCAAGAAACCCCGCCUCUGGAUCUACUCGGGCCACGACGACACCGUAUCCGCCCUGGGGCUCGCCAUCCGGACCUGGGGAGCAAUGUACCCAGACUUCAACGCCAUGCUUGUCCUGGAGCUGCUCAAAAAGGCCGACACCGGCGAGUACGCAGUACAGGUGCUCGUGCGAGAGAGCCACGCCGUGGACGCACACGUCGUGCCCGUUGAGGGUUGCGACGGCAACCCCUGCCCACUCGACAAGUUCCACGAGCUCGUCAAGGACGUCAUCCCCCAGGACUGGAGGAAGGAGUGCCAAAUAGGGGAAGAAAAGAAGAGAAUACAGACCCAUAAAAAUGGAAUAUUGGUGGCGAACGGGACAGUUAUGUCGAAGAACAAAAUCUAGACCAUUCAUUUUACUUAAUUUAUUAUUCGUAGAAGCACGUAUAUACUAACCCCAUCAAACAUCACCGUCAUACUCAUCACAUCUAAUCUCAUGAAUAAAUUAUUUAAUCAUCGACGACAUUAGCACUAGAAGGAGCGCUGCGGCUGUCUCCGCGGGUCAUCCGUCCGCCCUCUUGCUCGCCGUCCUCGGUCUGCUGGCGCUGCCGUCCACCAUAUUGCGAGCUGCGCUCCGGUGACAGUACCACAAAAACGGCGCCGUUUUACGGGAGCUAAAAGUCACAACGCUGCAAGAGUUAAAAAUAAACAGCGCGCAAGCGGCGUAGGUUCCAAAACCAGCCAAAGACGCCAUCUAUCUGCGGUCGCCAGCGCUCACAUUCGCCAAAACUAAAAGGUUGCUGGCACUCCACGGACACGAUCCCUAAAAGUACCGGUGACAUCAAGAAAUUCUUUGCAACUCCAGCCGAACUGCAGCUGCUCUGCUGCAGCCCGUGCGGGAUAGCCGAGUCCUGCAGGGCGGCUGCAGUGCGCCAAGGAAUGGCGUAGAAACUGCUUGUCUGCUCGAUGAGCCCAUCACAACACUGUAGGCGCAUUCUCCAGCGAACAAACGAGGAACAAACAAUAAAAAUACAGUAGUACAGAGGG